CGCCUUGGAUAAGACUACUUAAUACUAUUUUCACAGGACAAAAGUCACUUAAGAAUUGCUUCCCUUUAAUUAACUUUACUACUCACCGUGUGCGCCACGUGGUUGACAUCUUCUAGACUUAUAAGAUGGCCAAAAGUGUUAAGAGUAAACAAAAGGUAAAGAUACGGAAUGAAAAACGGAAACGCUACUAUGUUCGAGAAUUAAACAAUUUGAAGAAAUUGGUUGAAGAACGAGAGACUCGCAGGGCUGUUGGAGAUAUUGUCAAUUGGAACAACACUCCAGAUCCAGAUGUUUUGACAAAGCCAGGUGGAAAACUAGAAACUGAAAACAAAAAACUAGGAAAACCUUGUGAAGGAAUGGACACUUCUGAGAAAGCACCAAAAGUUUAUGGCAAAGAUCUUAGAGACAAAGAUGGAAACUAUCCAGACUGGAUGAAUAAUAAGCAAAAACAUAAACAAAAAUUAAAAAACAAAAGAAUGAAAGCAAGGAGAUUGAAGCAAAAUAAAAAAAGAGUUAAAUAGAUAAAAAAAUUUUUUUAUGUAAAUUAGUUUUUAUUUGCUCUUUUGUGUCAUCUAAUUUUGUAUUAUUAUUCAUUGCAUAAAUAUACCAGAUUAUUAAUAACUUCCACAUGAUUUAAGGGGCAAAAACAGAGAAAGAGACAUGAUUUUUUAACAAUGUUGCUGUUAACUUGGGUGAUGUUUUAAAUUAUCUAAAAUAUCUUGAAACCAGUUUGUAAGAGAAAUAUAUGGAUUGUGAAGAUGAGGUAGUCAAGUGAUAUUGUCUACUCUCUACUACAAACCACAAGAUUGGAAAAGCAAUCAAUUUGAAACAAAUUCCAAAUUAGUAACCCAAAUUAUCUAAAAUAAUAAUAAUUUGGAAAUGUGUAGACCAUCCCAGACUAUAUAAAACAAAAACAUUUAGUUUUGAACCAACACGGUCACUCGGCCUGCUAAAAAUAGCAACCAAAUCGCCCUCAAAUUGCAUUUAUCUUUUAAAAAUGGGGAUGGUAUUUGAAUAAGGUAGACCUAGAGUCAUAUUAAAAAAGAUAUGGUCUUUGUUGCAGCCUUUGAUUUUAUGCCUGCUCUAUCAAAGCUGACCUAGGGCUAAACAGCAACAUAUAUUACUUCAGUCCUUUUUUUUUUUUACCAUAUUCUUGUUAGAAUAUACUGCCUUUAUUUCAAUUAAUUUUUAAGAUAAUGAAGAAUUUAGUAAAAUAACUUGGUUGUUAUUAAAUAAAUUAAGAUGAAAUUUUGA